UCUCCUCCUUCGGUUCACCUGUCACCGCGGAGGAUGAGAAUCUUCCAGAGAACAGGCUGAACACCGCUCCUCUCUGCCGGCCGCAGGGCUCCGUGUCCCGGCAUGACGAAGCGAGAGACCCCGCUGAGUGUCCACCGAGGAGGAGGCGCUGAAGCCGGGGAAGAUUCAGCCGAGCGGCGCUGACUGGAGACCCGGAGAGGUGAGGCAGCUCGUCUCGUUUCCGAUGUGAAAUGGAAACCUGCGGUGAUUCGUCGUCUUCUCCCGUGACGGUACACGAAGCGUGCUUUCAUCAUGAUGACCCCGCCUCCUCUGAUGAUGUCAUCGCCCAUCAUCACCAGGAGGUGACAUGCUCAGGAGACGGCGAGGAGUUGGGAGAAUCUGCUGCUCCGUCACACUGUGAGGACCUCCGCACCAAAGGACCAAUCAAACGCUGCUGUGACAGACUGGACACUGAUGGUACCUGUGGGGGCGGAGCUACAGGAGGCUCCACGCCUGUCUCACCUGUCCCUCCUUCUAACGCCUCUGACCUGGACUCACAGGAGCACGCCAGCUCUGAUGAUGAGGCCUUCAUCACCGAUCUGCCGCCGUCGCCGUCCCCAGGUGAGCCACGUCUCCCCUCCGCCAUCGCCCCUCGCUCCAGGAACACGUUUGAGUGCGGCCGCAGACAGAGCGCUCCGGGUCAGCUGGUUCAGGACGACGGAGGGGCGGAGUCAGAGCUGCAGUCCAGGAGGCCGGGCAUCGUCGAGUACUUCAGCAGCAGGAAGCAGCGGUCCGUCAGUCAGAGCGUCGCAGGAUGGAAGCUGUUUGGUAAAGUUCCCCCCAAACAGAGUCCGUCUAAACACGCCCGGACCAUCCAGCAGGAGUUCGAGGCACGGCAGGUGUCAGCCCGCAGCUCUCCUACCCAUAAUGCUUCGGGGCAGCUGAGCCAGAGGAAGGUGGAGUUUGAGCCUCUGUCAACAACAGCGCUGAUCCUGGAGGACCGGCCGCCGAACCUUCCGGCGAAGUCAGCGGAGGAGACGCAGAGACACAGAGAGCAGUACGAACAGAUGGUGGCUGGAGCUAGAAGGAGAGAGCUGAAGGAGGCGCAGAGGAGGGAGCAGCAGAGGAGAGAGAGGCUGAGACACGAGGAGGAGAUCUCCAACAACACGCUGAUCUGGAACCAGCACAUCCUGCCGCACUGGGACGCCAUGAGGUCCAGUCGUCGGACCCGGGACUUGUGGUGGGGAGGUUUACCUCCAAGUGUCCGAGGACGGGUUUGGAGCAUCGCCAUCGGCAACGAGCUCAACAUCACAGCAGAGCUCUAUGAGAUCUUCCUCUGCAGAUCCAGGGAGAGCUGGAGGAGCGUCAGUGAGAGCGAUGACGGGGCGUCAGCGGCAGACCGAGAGUCCAGCUGUGAGCUGAUCACACGGGACAUCUCCAGAACAUUCCCCUCACUCUGUGUCUUUCAGAAGGGCGGUCCAUACCACGAUCUGCUGCAAAGCAUUCUGGGAGCUUAUGUGUGUUACAGACCUGAUGUGGGAUACGUGCAGGGGAUGUCCUUGGUGGCGGCCACGUUGGUUCUGAACAUGGACGAGUUGGACGCCUUCAUCAGAUUCUCUAACCUCAUCAACAGGCCGUGUCAGCUGGCUUUCUACAGAGUCGACCACCAGCAGAUGUUCAGGUAUUUCAGGUGCUUCCAGCUGUUCUUUGAGGAGUCUCUACCUCGUCUCUUCCUUCACUUCAGGUCUUCAGACGUGACCCCUGACCUCUACCUCAUGGACUGGAUCCUGUCUCUCUACCUGAAGCCCCUCCCCCUCGACGUGGCGUGCAGAGUGUGGGACGUGUUCUUCUGUGACGGGGAGGAGUUUCUGUUCAGGGCGGCUCUGGGGAUCCUGAGACUGUACCAGGACCAGCUGCUUCACCUGGACCUGAUCAGCAUCGCUCAGUUCCUGUCCCGCCUCCCUGAUGAAGAGCUGCUCUCUGAUAGGCUGUUCUCCUGCAUCACGGCCACGCCCAUGCUGAGUGGAGGCAGGAAGUGGAGCCAGGUUUUGUCUUCGUGUAGAGAAUCAGAGAGUCAGAGCAGCAGCUGAUCAACCAUCGGAUUUAUUUCUAUAAAAUGUGAUUUUUUUAGAGUCACAUUGUGGAUCCAGGGUUCAAAUCUGAUGUCAGAUCAACAUUUAUUUAUGACUUUUCUCAUUUCUCUGAGAUUCUGUGUCAUAACAGGAAAACUAAGGUGAAGGAGGGAUGGACAGUAGGGGAG